GCUUCUACUUCAUGGAAAUGGGUGAUGGUUUGACUCCACCACUCGGGGGGGCUUUGUUCUAUUCUUACUCGUCAGGUGGUAUUUCUCAUUUCCUGUUCUCGACGGCCUCGAUGAAACUCUCUUGAUUGGCGUUUGCAGUUGGUGAGGAAGGGUCCCGAAGAUGUUUGUACACAUUUGAACGGGCUGUAAAUGUUUGGAGGACCCACCUCCCUGCGGCGAAGGUACCUCCACUCAUCAGACCGUCUGGUUUGGGGUCAAAGGUCGCCCACUCUAGGUGGACCCUUUUCGUGCAGGUUGAAGUUCAGGCUUCCAGUUCCCGGUGCUGCUCUUCCUCCUCCUCCUCCUCCUCCUCUCCAUAAAGUCUUUAUGAUGUGAGUUUGCUUGCUUUGCACGUUUUGAGUAAUCAUCAGGUUUUGGGGAGCUUCAUAAAUGUGUAAACUAAAAGGAGCUGCAGAAGUUUCCCACAGUCAUGUGUAACCCGUGUGGUUAUCGCCGUCGCUGCUGAUGAAACUGCAUCAGGUUCUCUCAGACGCUCUUUCCUUGCAGACGUGCAGCUCUGUAGAAUUCACGAACACCUUUAUUUCCCAAAACCUUCCCCCCGUGCCGCUUUGACCCCAUCUUCUCCCAGGUUUUGCUGCAGACCUGAAAUCCAUUCAUGGUCAAGCUUUUGUGAUGAAGGAAACCUGCAACAACUUUGAUCCUCAUCCAAAACUAUUCUUGGAAACAUGAACGCUGCUGCUGCUGCUGCAGCUGCUGCUGCUGCUGCUGCUGCUGCUGCAGCUGCUGCUGCUGCUGCUGCUGCUGCUGCUGCUGCUCCUCCUGAGGUAACAGCAGCAUGUCAACACAGAGUGUCGACACUCGGAGUGGAAGUUUCAGCACAGCUCCUCCACUUCCUCGUCGGUGGAGUUCUUCCCUCGACCCGGCUGGGGAGUGGGAUCCACGCUCCGCUCUGCCUGAAGGGAGCAGGAAAAGGCUGCGCCGCUGCAGAGCGGCGGUCGGGGUUGUGAGUGAGGAAGCUGUGUGGUCGGCAUGUUGCUUCAGAAGCACUUCCUCACACGUUCAAACUCCUGCGAGCCGACAGAUCAGACGCCUCUGAGCGCAGUGACCAGGCGGCCGUCCUCUACACGUCAAAGGCCGCUGCUGAUUUAGAAUAAGCUUUUCACCCUUCAUCACUGAUGCCCCGCUCCUUCUUGGUGAAGCGAGGAAGUCUGCACCUCCUCCGGCACGUGGCGAGGAGCCCAAGCCCCGCCUCCACCCAAGAUGAAUGCAGCCAGUUAGAUAAAAACUGGGCAGGAGCAGCAGAACCUCCGAAUGAGAAAUCCUCCUCAGCAUCGCCGGGGGGGGAGCCUUCUGCCUCCAGCAUCUCUGGAAACUCCCUCCCCCAGACCUUCCCUCACAAAGAGUCGUGCAACCCUCUGUGGUUGAGUCGAGUCCCGGACAAAGCAGAAGAGAGGAGCAUGGAGGCGGGACGCUUCACGCAGACGUUUGUGAGGGAAACCAGAAGCAGCAGCUGCUCCAAGACCGGCGGGCCCAGGCCGGAGUGUCCGCCCUGCAACAAAAUAUUUUCAUGUUUGUACGAUUUAAAAACUUGCAUUUGUAAACGUCCUGGAGGCAGAUUUCAGCUGUCAGCAACUCAACUCAAAUCCAGCAGGACGGAUGAAAAGCGGCUGGCGUGCUGGAGUAAGGAGCGGACGUUCGGCUGCACGGUGUGCGGGAAGGCGUUCAAGCGCUCCUCCACCCUCUCCACCCAUCUGCUCAUCCACUCGGACACGCGGCCGUAUCCCUGCCAGUACUGCGGCAAGAGGUUCCACCAGAAGUCCGACAUGAAGAAGCACACCUUCAUCCACACAGGAGAGAAGCCUCAUGUGUGUCGGACAUGUGGGAAAGCGUUCAGCCAGAGCUCCAACCUCAUCACCCACAGCCGCAAACACAGAGACGACCGGCCCCACAGCUGCCCCCGCUAGGCCAGAACCACCAGCUGGACCAGAACCUCCGGCUGGACCAGAACCACCAUCACUAAGACCUCAGCGCCAAGUCUCUGGCCGUUCUGUUAAAAACAUUUCUCUCCCUCAGAGACAUUACAGUCGUGAAAACAUUCAUCCUCGUUUGUGUCAAAGCUUUACGUUUAUUUAGAAAUGUUCAGGAAAAUUCUGCUUUAAACACAACAGAAUCCAUUUUUUCAGCAUCUUAUUCAUGUUCAACUGUUUAAAGGAGAUCAGAUGUUCUUUGUGGAUCCAAAAAUGAACCAUUAAAAAAAA